GCCGUCUACGGUUGUUCCAACCGGUCAAAAAACAAACCCAACGAUGAGAACUUUCAACCGCUGGGCUUCUAUGUCGUGCCCAAAGUCAAAGAAGGACAGUGUCUUAGGACAGCUGAGCUGUCUUCAAGGCGCAGAGCUCUGUGGCUGAGCAGAAUUCGUCGCAAAGACCUGGACGAAUUGGCGACGCAUUACCGAGUUUGCGGGGCGCAUUUCAUCACAGGACGACCAGCUUAUUUGAUGGAUGAGGCUAAUCCCGACUGGGCGCCGAGCCUCAAUCUCGGCUACAAGUCCACGACGCACGCUGGAAGAAGCGCAAGCGACAGGUAUAUGCGACUCAAGCAACGAAGGCGCGCGAGUUCUGCAGCCAACGCCUUUGAAUUAAGGCAGCGACCGGAGAGCGCGAGCACGAACGCGGCGCCCAUCGCUGCAGGAACGGCGGCCGAGGAGAUUUCUUUCAGUGACGAAGAAUCCCCCUCAUCAGAACAAACUGCAAUGCAACACCUUGUAGGCCAUGCAUCUCCCGAGGAGCCUUCAUGCUUGGAAUGUCCAGUUCUACAAAAAAAUCUAGCCACAGCUCAGUGCCACCUGCAAGCGGAUCUGCAGAAUAACCAAGCUUCUGCAUGCAUGAUAGACAAAGAGGUGACAGCUGACCUGCUGUCAGCCCACAUCUCUUCACUGGAGGAAGAAAACCACCGCCUUCAGCAUGACCUGGAUAUUGCACGCAGUCGCCUGGCAAAGGCAGCCCCUGGAGACAGGGAUGUGCUCCGCAGCAACCCAGACAUGGUUGUUUUUUACACAGGGCUGCCAAAUUAUGCAGUUUUGGAGGCUGUUUACAUCUUAGUUGAGCCUCAUAACUGCAGUUGA